AUGUUUUCAGUACUAAUCUUGACUCUCUGUUGCUUGAUUUAGAAAAUGUCAAGCGGAGGUACUCUUUUUUAGAUCUAUUUCUGCUCUGGACAAGGGGGGUAAAAUGUACAGGUCCACGUCAACAUCAUCUGGUUACUCGGCCUCUGGAAUGAUGAGUCCGACGGUUAAAGAUCUUGAGGGAAUGCGAAGUGCGAAUUUAAAAGAGUUAAAUAGUAGGCUGGUCAGCUACGUUGAGAAGGUUCGGAUGCUGCACCAGGCUACUGAUGUCCUGGAUAGUAUAACUAAACAGUCCAAGGGAGACGGUAAGAGUAUGCAGGAGGUGAAGGUGCAGUAUGAAGCUGAGAUCUCUGACUGGAGAGCUAAAUAUGAAGAACUGCUCUCUCACAUCAAUAAAGCUAAAAUAGAUGCUUCUAACUUGAAACAAGACAAUAAACAGCUUACAGUCAGUUUGGGAGAGAAAGCAGCUUCUCUGAGAGAACGUGAUGCUGCUAUUGCAUCAAUGGAAGCUGAGAUCAAUGAACUGUUCUCAAAGCUAAAUAUGCUUCAGAGUGAGAAAGGGAAAUUUCAAGAGAGAGAACAGCUGAUCAGUAAGGAUGUUGAAAGAUUCCGGAUUGAGGUUGAGUCUGCUAGGAAGAGCUUGGAUAAAGAGAAGAUCAGGAAUGGUGAGCUAGAGGCUAGACUAAGGGCGUAUGAGCAGGAGAUGACCUUCAAGGUUCAGGUUAUAGAAAGGGAACUGGCAGAAGAGAAGAAGAGAGGACGGAUUGAUAUCUCCUCAAUAGAUACUAAACUCAAGGGAGAAUAUGAAGCAAGGCUGCAAGCCGAGCUUAAAAAGCUGCGAAGGAUGUAUGAGGAGCAAACAGAGAAAGCCAGAAAUGAGUACAUGACUGUACACUCUAAGAAACUUGCUGAGAUUCAACAGGUUUUGAACAGAGAGAGAUCUGAAAAUAGCAGUGCUACAAUAGAACUAAAGGAUGUCGGAGCAAAGAUAGCUGAGUAUAAGAAGAUUAUUGGUAGCUUGGAGAAGACUAAGCUUGAGCUGACCCAAAGUGCUGGUGAACUAGAACAGAACUUGAGAGAGCAGGGAGCAGCAUUCAGGGCUCAGAUGACCGCAAAGGACAAAGAGAUAUAUAGCCUGCAAGAACAGCUUAAAGUUGAGAGGGUUGAAUAUGAAGCACUGUUGAAGAUCAAUAACGAUCUGGAUCUUGAGAUAGAAAUCUACAGAAACAUCAUUGAUGCUGAGCUUGACAGGUUACAGAAAAUGAAUGAGUCUGGGUCUGUUUCUAUGAUGGAGAGAUUGAAGGGGGCUGCGGGAAACAGCUCCAGUGAUUCUGAUGAGGAGAAAUCUAGAUAUUCAUCUAGAUCUCAAGACUCUGUUGAUGGAAGAAAGAUAUCACGGCAGAUGAUAACAUCUACCACAACAAGGAGAACUUCUAAAGCUAGAUUUUAAUUUCAAAUAUAAUUCAGGAAAACUAUAAUUACAAGUACCCUAUCAUUCUAUCUUGAAUAUAUUUCCUUCAAUGAUUUUGUAAUUUUUUUGAUUAUUUUCAUUGAUACAUUUAUUCUAUAUAAUUAUAAUAUUUAAAUUUAGUAA